UCUUCCCACUCUAGCCCAUGGCACCAGCACCAUGCUCUUCUGUUCUUUUCUCAAGUCCCUUGUGGGCAAGGAUGUGGUUGUGGAACUCAAGAAUGAUCUGAGCAUCUGUGGAACUCUCCGUUCUGUGGAUCAGUAUCUCAGCAUCAAACUAACUGACAUCAUUGUCACAGACCAUGAGAAAUAUCCUCACAUUUUAUCAGUGAAGAACUGCUUCAUUCUGGGCUCAGUGGUCUGAUAUGUGCAGUUGCCAGCAGACAAGGUCACACAGUUGCUACAGGAUACGGCAAGGAAGGAAGCCCUGCAGCAGAAACAGUGAUGGCUCCUCCUCCUCUUCUCCUUCCUCUUUCACUGGUGAUCCAUAACCCCAAGUCCCAGCCCAAAAUCCUAAUCCCCAAUACUUGAAGGGGUUUUGGUUUUUUCGUUUGUUUGUUUUCUUUUACUAAUCAUGGUUUUGUAGGGUUUUUAAAGGGAUGAGUAGAUAAGAGGAAUAAUAGAAAACAGCUAUCCUCUGUUGAGAAGGUAAGGAAAGGUAGGCUGGAAAAUUUCAAAGCCUUCUAGGCCCCAGCACUUGCCUUUCUUGCUACUUCCCUGGAGAUGGUGGGAGACUUUCCUAGGUCUUUCCAGGGCAGCAUGUGAUUCAUUUGGGGAUGAAAGAAAUCUGUCCUGCAUUGAGAAUAAAAUUUAUGAUGCAAAAAGAAAAGAAAUUAAAAAAAAAAACAAACCUCUGUCCUUUAUAAAUUACCCAGUCUUGGGUAUGUCUUUAUGAGCAGUGUGAGAAAAGACUAAUACAGCCCCUACCAGUUCUAAUUAUUAUUUAAAUAUCUGCUCAUGGAAUCCUCCAAUUCAAGUAGGAACGCUUUCUUUAAAUGACUAUUCAUUGGUUUUUGCGCUCUUAGAACCAUCCAAGGUCAAGCUCUCAUAACCUUAAGGCCUUUUUUCCCUUUCCUUUUGCUUGCUCCACACAGUUGCCUUUAGUCUUGUUGCUAUUAAUCAUUCAGCCACUCACACAAAUAUGGGGGGAGAGUUAUGGGAACACUGUCACCUAGAACGUUGAACAUGCUGCCUGUGGGAUUUUUUUGUUCUUAUUGUUGUUGUUUUCAUGUGGUAUCCUCAUUACUAUGUCUGCUUGUGUGAGAUAUUUUGGGCAGAUUAUAAAACUACAUCACAAGACCCCCUGCUUCUAGGAAGAUAGAAUGUACUGACUCUGCAGAAAAGAGUUAACAUAGAUUUAAAUGUAAAAUCUCAAACUAUUUAACUUUUAGGGAAAAAAAAAAAACAACAGAAAAAAAACUUUGAGAUCUAGGACUACGCAAAGACUUCUUAGACUUAACACCAAAGUACCAACCACAAAUGUCAAAAUAAAUAAAACAGACUUUUUUUUGUAAGACUAGUCAAGUGUAGUAUUGAGAAGGGGAGAAGGAGUAAAACAAGGAGUUCAAUCUAUAGCUGACUAUGAACAAUCCAUUGAGUUAUCCACUAUCUUCAGACCUGCCUAAAAUGGACUUCUUUAAAAUUAAAAAAUCCUGUUCUAUGAAAAAGACCCUGUCUCUCGAGAAGAUGAAACAACAAGGUACAGACUGGGAGAAAACUAUUUACAAAUGACAUAUCUGUCAAAGAACUAGAAUAUAUAAAGGUCUAGAAAAUAGAAAGAG